AUUGCUAGUAAAUAUUCAACUGUCUUUGAAUCUCCAACUGCAGCCGCUGCAUGAAUGGCCAGACCACCGUAAUCAUUUCUGACAUUAAUGUCUGCUCCAUUGUCCAAGAAGCAACUUGACCAGUUCGAAAUGUCCUCUGCUCGCCGCAACGAUUAAUGCCGUUUGUCCAGCAAUCAUAGUUGCAUUCACGUCAAGGCACUUCAGGCCGAAGGAAUUAAAUAAUGGAAGACACAAGACAUAUUAUAAAUCGUAAAACUGGUCGAGCUCAGGAGGACGCUCGUGAAAUGCUCAACAGAAAGAGAUACCGUCGCGAAGAGGAGGAAGACAAAUCAUCUGACGAGGACAAUUAUGUCCCAUACAUUCCUGUGAAGGAGAGACUCAAGCAAACUUAUGCAAAACUUGGAAGACUAACACAGUUAAAAGAUGAGGGCAAAAAGACAAAGUCUUCAAGUGAAUGCGAAAUGGACAAUGAAGAUGAAGAAGAGGGCCAAGUAUGGGGUCGAAAAUCAAACAUUAGUUUGCUGGACCAGCACACUGAACUCAAGAAGCUUGCUGAAGCCAAGAAAGAGAGUGCGAUGGAGAAACAACUGAAGGAGGAAGAGAGGAUUCUGGAGAGCGUUGCUGAGCGGAAGGCUUUAAUGGGUGUCGCCGAAUUGGCGAAAGGCAUUCAGUAUGAUGAUCCCAUUAAAACUAGCUGGACAGCCCCUCGGUACAUAUUGGAGAAACCACCUUCGUACUUUGAUAAACUUCGAAAAAAGUGGAGGAUAUUAGUUGAAGGCGAAGAAGUGCCCCCGCCUAUUAAGACUUUCAAGGAGAUGAAGUUUCCAAAAGCAAUUUUGUCUGCUUUGGAUGAUAAGAAAAUCACGAAACCUACUCCCAUCCAAGUGCAAGGAAUACCAACAGUAUUGUACGGCCGCGACAUGAUUGGAAUCGCAUUCACUGGCAGUGGAAAGACGCUGGUAUUUGUUCUGCCCUUGAUCAUGUUUUGCUUGGAACAAGAAACAGCACUUCCAUUUGCUCGGAAUGAGGGGCCUUAUGGACUGAUCAUUUGUCCAUCAAGAGAGUUGGCCAAGCAGACCUUUGACAUCAUACAACACUUCACAGAGUAUUUAAAAAGGCAAGGGCUGCCUGAGAUAAGAAGCUGUUUGUCCAUUGGUGGAGUCCCUGUGUCUGAAUCUGCGGACGUGAUUGGAAAGGGUGUGCACAUCAUGGUUGCGACGCCAGGAAGGUUAAUGGACAUGUUGGACAAGAAAAUCGUGAAGCUGGACAUAUGUCGCUAUUUGUGCAUGGACGAAGCAGAUCGGAUGAUCGACAUGGGCUUUGAGGAGGAUGUCCGCACAAUUUUCUCUUUCUUCAAGGGACAACGGCAAACACUAUUGUUCUCGGCAACCAUGCCUAAAAAAAUCCAAAACUUUGCAAGGUCUGCUCUUGUUAAGCCAGUGACUAUCAAUGUUGGAAGAGCCGGAGCUGCGUCACUCAAUGUUAUCCAGGAAGUCGAAUAUGUGAAGCAGGAGGCCAAGGUCGUGUACCUUUUGGAGUGCUUGCAGAAGACAACGCCCCCAGUACUUAUUUUUGCAGAGAAAAAACAAGACGUGGACGCAAUCCAUGAAUAUCUGUUGCUCAAAGGAGUCGAAGCCGUGGCAAUCCAUGGUGGCAAAGAUCAAGAGGAGCGAUCUCGAGCUGUGGAUGCAUUUAGGAAAGGUAGCAAAGAUGUUCUUGUGGCGACUGAUGUUGCUUCUAAGGGAUUGGAUUUUGCCAACAUCCAGCACGUAAUCAACUAUGACAUGCCAGACGACGUUGAAAACUAUGUGCACAGAAUUGGUCGUACUGGACGGUCUGACAAGUCCGGUAUCGCCACAACGUUUAUAAACAAGGCCAAUGACGAGUCGGUGUUACUGGACUUGAAGCACUUGCUCAUAGAGGCCAAACAACGGGUCCCACUGUUUUUGGCGACUUUGCAGUCUGAAAAUGAGAAGUACCUACAUCUUGGAGAUGACAAUGGCUGCAGCUACUGUGGUGGUCUUGGCCACAGGAUCACAAACUGUCCAAAACUGGAAGCAAUCCAGAGCAAGCAGGCAUCCAACAUUGGAAGGAGAGACUAUCUCUCAAACACUGCCGCAGACUACUAGAUUUCUAUUAUUUCAUUAGUUUUAAUCUGGAAGAUUGCAUUAGGAUUAAAGAUAUUCAAUCG